AUGGCAUCCACAACAGACUGGCAGACCCGCGCCCAGCAAAAAAGAGAAGCCAUCCUCAACGCCAUCCCCAAGCGAUGGCACCUCCCACCCUCGACCCUUGAGAACGCACCCGCCAACCUCACCGGCCCCUUCAUCCACCAAUUCCUCAAUCCAACCGAGAUCCAAAUCACCGAGACGCCCGCGCCAGGGAUCCUCGAGAAGACAACCACAGGCCAGUGGACAGCCGUCAGCGUAGCCGAGGCCUUCAGCCACCGCGCAGCAAUAGCCCACCAGCUGACGUCCUGCCUGACCGAGAUCCUCUUCGACUCCGCCCUCGCCGACGCCCACCGGCUAGACGCCCACCUCGCGGCACACGGGAAGCCCCUCGGGCCCCUCCACGGCCUCCCCAUCAGCCUCAAGGACUCGAUCGACGUCGCAGGGACGGAGACAACCCUCGGCUUCGUCAGCUGGGUCGCCUCCCCCCACCAGCCCGCCAAGCACGGCGCCGCCAUCGCGUCCGCCCUCCGCCGCCAGGGCGCCCUCGUCCACGCCAAGACCGCCGUGCCCCAGGCCAGCUUCGCCGGCGAGACGUUCAGCGCCGUGGGUGGGUACGUCGCGAACCCGCUGCACCGCACGGCCCUGUCGGCCGGCGGCUCCUCGGGCGGCGAGGCCGCCCUCCUCGCGCUGCGCGGCUCCGCCCUCGGGCUCGGCACGGACAUCGGCGGCUCUAUCCGCUGGCCCGCCGCCGGCGUCGGCGCGUACGGGUUGCGGCCUAGUGUCGGCCGGUUGCCGUACGCCGGCAUCGCGAGCGUCGUUGGUGGGCUUGAGGCGCUGACGGAUGUGCGGUUCGCGGUGGGGCCCAUGGCGGUCGGGGAUGUGCGCGCGCUGAGGGUUGCGGUCGAGGCGAUCCUCGCUGACGCGCCGUGGGAGCGCGACCCGCUGGCCGUGGAGAUGCCGUGGCGGGAGGCGGCGUACCAGGAGACGAAGGCCAGGACAGCAUCUGGAGGCGGGCUUGUCAUCGGGAUCGCGGCGUCGGACGGGCUCGUCACGCCGCAGCCGCCGGUGCGCCGCGCCGUCGAGACGGUCGCGGCCGCGCUGCGCAAGGCCGGCCACACCGUCAUCCCGUUCGAGCACAGCCCCGGCGCCGAGGAGGCGCUCGAGCUGUGGAGCGCCGCGUCGUACGCGGACCUGUCGUUCGCGCACGCGCAGUUCCGCGCGUCGGGCGAGCCCGUCGACCGCCUCAUGCCGCCUGCGUUCGACCCGGACAAGGAGGAGUCGAAGCCGCUGACGACGGGCCAGGUGCAGGAGCUGAACGUGCGGGUCAGGAAGUACCGCGAGGCGUACCUGCGGCACUGGGGCGAGACGGCGAGGCACCCUGAGAACGCGACGGGGAGGCCCGUGGACGUGAUUAUCACGCCUGUUGCGCCGUAUAGUGCUGCGCGGAUUGGGAAGAUACGGUAUAUUGGUUAUCCCCUACCUGCAGUCCUGAAUGACCAGUCUGCCGCAGUCCUGCCCGUCAUCACGACAGACAAGGACAUUGACGUGGUCCGGCCGCUCGAGAUCCCUGCCGAGGGAAUAAAGGACGAGUACGUCACUGCCAACAAGAAGGUUCACCAAGACUACGAUCCAGCCCUCUACCACGGCUUGCCCGUCAAUGUUCAGGUGAUUGGGCGGCGGUUUCAGGAGGAGAAGGUGCUAGCCAUCACCGAGUACAUCGAUAGCCUCCUCAAGGGUAGCGAGAAAGAGGGCGCUGCUCAUAGGCUCUGA